CGCUUCUUUAAAAGUACCCCCUCCCUCCUCCCCUCCCUGCCCUCUUCCUUCUUCUUCUUCUUCCUCCUCCUCCUUCUCCCACUCUCCACAUGUAUAGAAGAAGCUUCUUCUUCCCAGGUUCUCCGCAUACACAGAGAAGAAAAAUGGGAGCUACAGUGUUACCGUCAGAAGAGGAGGAGGAGGAGGAGGAGGAGGGGAGGAAGAACAGGUUUAGCAUAAACGACAACGUGGAUUUAUUGGUGGAGGUGCUGGGGAGGUUGGACGGGAGGUCGCUGGGAGUGGCGGCGUGCGUGUGCCGGCUGUGGAGCGGCGUUUGCCGGAGGGACAGCGUAUGGGAGGCGCUGUGCAACCGACACGUGGCUGGAGGAGGGGGCGGGCCCGGGACACGGUCCGUGGUGGCCGCCCUUGGCGGGUACCGCCGGCUCUACAGGUUCUGCGUCGGGCCGGCGUUGGACCGGCUCUCGGGCGGGCCCGGUCGGUCCGGUUGGGCCUCCGCAGCCACAGCGGCCCACCUCUCCCUCGCCCUUCCCCUCUCCCUCUUCUCCAUCGACUGCUACGAGCGGCUGGGCGGGCACCAGGCGUCGCUGCUCUUCCUCUGCAAGCCCGUCAACGUCUCCUGAUCCAUUGGGCUUUUCUGGGGCUUUAGAACAUGGAGUGUCGGUGCAGGAUAAGUCGGGUGUGCCCUCGUUCUAUCAUACUGCAAGAUUGUUAAUUAUAUUAUUAUUUAUUAUUCUAGUAGUAGUAGUCUUAUUAUAAGGCAAACUAAUUGUUUGGUUGUUUCUUUUCUCUCUCUCUCUAUGUGAAUUUUUUUAAAAGUAUAUCUAGUCAUAGAGCUUGCCGCGA